UAAUCUGGCACGCAAAACGAUAGUUUAAUAUAUUGCCACGUGUAAAGUUAGUUCAGUUACUAAACGUGGUUAAACUAGCAACUACGUCAUGAAUUUCGCAGAUUUGUAAAAGCGUCGAACACGGUUCCGACUUUGAGCCGGAACUCUUCUUCAGUCGCAUUUGCUCACGGAACGAUAAAGAAGUAGCUCCUUCGUGCGCACAGCACGCGUCACGUGUGUUUUGAAAAAGUUCAUACAAAGUAGAAUUGAACGUUUACGUGCAAAUGCGAGUUUGAUUUUGAUUUCAAGUUUCGUGUGACUGCUUGCUGUGUUUCCUCGUGUUGAAGGAUCCCCCACAGAGUCCUGUGGGAGUUAAGUUAUCGCUCUUCCCAGCUGUGUUGGCGUUAGCUCAGUCUGCUCGUGCGUUCGCAUGAGGGCUACACCGACUUUUACCUGUGCGUUGGUACUGUCAAUUUGCGUUAUUGAACGUAUCUAACUGCGUAAUACAUAGGCGGAGCCGUCCAAACAUGGUGUUCUUCACCUGCAACGCGUGUGGCGAGUCCCUGAAAAAGGCGCAGGUUGAUAAACACGUGAACAUGUGCCGGGGAUGCCAGGUCUUAUCCUGUAUCGACUGUGGAAAAGACUUCUGGGGCGAUGACUACAAAAACCAUAAUAAAUGUAUCAGUGAAGAUCAGAAGUAUGGAGGCAAAGGAUACGAGGCCAAGGCAAACAAAGGAGAUGUAAAACAGCAGCAGUGGAUACAGAAAAUCCAAGAUGCCAUGAACAAACCUGGAGUCAGCGCCAAGCUGAAAGAUGUACUCGGACAAGUUAGUACAUACGAUAACGUACCGAGGAAGAAAGCCAAGUUCCAGAACUGGAUGAGGAACAGUAUGAAAAUAUCCAACACCAGUCUACAUGAUGAGGUCUGGAAUAUACUUUCAGCAGCUGAUGAUGUUUCAGAGGUCACGCAGCAGUCCGUUGAAAAUAAAGAGACAGCGGCUUCCAUCCAAGUGAGCACUAAUGGAUCUGAUCAACCUAAUACUGAGGGAAAGAAGAAAAAGCUUAAUAAACGGGAACGUAAAGAGGCUCGCCAGCAAAAGAAUGGAAAAGCAGAAAAAUGUGUUGAAAAGACGGGCAAAAGGAAAAAGGACAGGAACACAAAAUGUGACAGCGAAGAAGUCAAUGAUGAAGAGCAGGACGACAGUGGUUGUGAAUAUGAGACAUCUGCCAAGAAAUCAAAAAUUACCGAACCAGCAGAGGCUGAUGAACAAGAGACAGAAGAGACUGAGGAUACAGCUGCUCGGGGUAACAUGGCUAAAUAUGACUUGAAUGGAUGUGCAGCAGCAGCUGAAAGCUAUAACAAAACUGUCUGUUCAUUUAGAAUGAACUGGUGUAGGCUUUUAUCUGGUUAAAGUAUUUUUGUAAUGAAAUGACUGUUUCCUGGCAAUCCAACAGAGGUCAGUGUUGUAUUUGACAGUGUCGAGAAUGACCCUCUGGAAAGCUAAUUCAUGGUUUGUAUCCAACUUCCAGGCAAAUUCAACUGGAAAGGAAACAUCAAGGCAGUACUGAAAGAUUCACCUGACCAGGAGCUAUCCCUAAAGAAAGUCAGGAAGAAGGUUUUGGCAGCUUACUACUCUUUUACCGGAAGCAGGAAUUUUAAAUCUGAAGUGGAAGUGCUUGCACUUUUCAACAAGAAGAUUGAAAAAAACCCCAAAUUUAGAAUUUUGAAAGAUCGAGUCAAGCUUUUGCAGUAGGUUCCCUCGGGAACAUAACACACAUUGUUAACUGAUGCUUGAAAAUUAACAGCUACUGUUUCCAUCUUCCCUUGUAUGUUUUUAUAAAAAUGAAACCGGUUUGGAGAAUAAAUGGUUUUCUGAAUGGA